GGGACGCAGCGCGUGUUCAGCGUCUUCAACCGCGGGCUCCAGGGGCCGACGCGGCGCGUCGCGCUCGGCGACGUCGUCGAGGUGCGCGUCACGAACAACCGGCCCAGCGGCCUGACCCUGCACCACCACGGCAUCCACCAGGUCGGCACGCCCUACAACGACGGCGCGUCCAUGGUCACGCAGGCGCCCGUCGCGCCGGGCGGGUCGAUGGCGUACCGCUUCGUCGCGGAGCCCGCGGGCACGCACUGGUACCACGGCCACGCGGGCACGGACUACGGCGACGGGCUGCGGGGCCUCUUCGUCGUCGAGGACCCG